ACCCUUAGGGGAGGGAGUAAGUUGCAACGUUUAGAAUAGUUAAGCAAAAGAAGCACAAAGGGUAUAUCCUUAUCACAAAGUUUAUCUAAGUGAAAUUUAGAAUCAUAAUUUAGGAUGUUUGUAUAGAGUGACGUUCACUGGCCAUGUAAACAAUUACUGUAAACUAAUUAGGCUUGAUAGUGACCUUAAAUUUAAAUCACCAAUAAAACGUUAAGUUCAUUACCCCGGCAGUAAAUGGAAUUUGGAGUUUAUUUUCCUCGAGUCAACUGAAGUUCAACCAGGGAAGUCAUUCAGAGAUUAAAUUGAUUCUAUUUAUGUAAUGCAGUAUUACUCUUGUUUGUUUCUACGGAGAAUGAUCGAUAUUGAAGAAAAGGGCAGAAUAAUGAAUAAAUAUGACAGUUUCUUGAACAUAUCAGGUGAUCUGUAUAGUUCUCCAUCUGUUCGAAUGCCUGAUAUAAAAAAGGUCGAAGAGCUCUCCAGGCGCAUUGGAAUUAAUCUGAGUGACGAAGAAGUUAAGGAGUAUAGAGAGUUAAUGAAGACAUUUGUGGAAAGUUUUAAUGCCGUGGAGAACAUACCCGAGCCGACACUGCCAGUGAAGUAUCCAAGACUUCCUGGAUAUAGGCCGCCGGUGGAGGAAAAUCCUCUAAAUGCUUGGUAUUGGAAAACUAACAUUGAGGGCGUGUCUGAAGGUAUCCUGAAAGGAAAAAGUGUAGCCAUCAAAGACAAUGUAGCUGUUUAUGGAGUUCCCAUGAUGGGAGGAUCAUGGGUUCUUGAGGGCUAUAUUCCAGAGUUUGAUGCUACGGUAGUGACUCGGAUACUUGAUGCAGGUGGUGUAAUAAAAGGUAAAUCUAUUUGUGAAGAUUUUUGCUGUUUUGGUAUGAGUUUCAACGGUGCUAGAGGACCUGUUUUGAAUCCGUACAAUAACACUCAUGAUGCUGGGGGAUCGAGCUCUGGCAGUGCAGUUUUGGUUGCAAACGGUGAAGUAGACAUGGCUAUUGGAGGGGAUCAGGGUGGUUCAAUUAGGUUACCAGCAAGCUGCUGUGGGAUCGUAGGCCUUAAACCAACAUAUGGCCUUGUACCGUACACGGGAGCACAGUCCGUGGAGCUAACGAUCGAUCAUCUCGGUCCAAUGGCAAAGACAGUCUACGACUGCGCAUUACUAUUAGAGGCAAUUGCUGGUUACGACAAUGGACUUGAUCCACGACAACCGGCAAAUGUGUCUGUAGAAAAGUACACGGAAGAGUUAGCGUCAUCUGAUCUCACUGGAUUCACUAUUGGCAUCCUAAAAGAAGGAUUUGAGCACAGGGAUUCUGAUCCUAGGGUGAACGAGCUUAUUCUACAAUGUAUAUCAAAGGUAAAGGUAGCUCACACUGAAAUCAAGGACGUAUCGGUACCAAUGCACACAUACGGUGUAGAUCUUGUAUCCUGUAUCGCAUGCGUCGGAGGAGUAGAUACAAUUUUUAGAGGUGGAAGCAAUGGUAGUGGACGUAAAGGAUUCUACUCCACAAGUAUGAGGGAUGCUGUCGUUAGAGGAGUUCAAUCACAACCCAAUGAACUCUCGCCUUCAGUGAAACUUAAAUGGAUGGUUGGGGAAUAUAUGAAGCAUGAAUACCGUGGAAAGUAUUAUGGAAAAGCUCAGAACCUGGCGAGACUGCUCACCGCUGAAUUCGACAAAGUUUUUCAAGAUGUUGACGUCAUUGUAAUGCCAACGAUUCCAUUUCCUCCUAAGAAAAUCCCUAAAAAGGAUGCAUCGAUAUCAGCCUUAUUGGGUGGUUGGCGGAUAUACAAGUGUUAUCUUGAGUUUUGUAUUGUAUGGUUUAGCAGUCUGACAGAAAACAGCAAAUGUAGAAUAAGGAAAUCCAUAGAUUUUGCAGGACGUGUUAUUGGCAGGUAUUCCAAUGUACUUAAUACCAUUGAUAAACUAUGUAAAUAGUGCCUUGAAAAUGCUGGAUAAAAUUGUUAAAUACGUAAACCAUCCAUUACACUGUAACAUAAUUAUUUAGGUUUGGAAGGCUUAGGCCAUUAACAUAUCAUUCUAAACGCUACAGAGAAUCAUUUCUACCACAUGUAAUCCAUAUUUAAUGCCAUAUUUAACAGGUAAUAGGGGAUGUUAACUCUUGUUCAUGUGCUCUGUUAAUGUAUAUCAUAUGUUUUUUCAUCUUAUACACAUUUAUUAUCUUCUCUUGUAUAUUUGAUUUGUUAUAUUUAAUGCUUGUAAUUUAAUUCUUUAAUUCAAUGCAAUACCUUUUCAGUGCAAUUACUCAACUCAUGCAAUAUAAUACAUUUUUUGUCAUACCUUUUAGUUUUAAUAUUUCAUUAGUUUAAUACUUUGUGUUUAACCAUUAUUCUAAUAAUGUUUUAAGUGUAUUUUUGCAACUAACAAAUGCUAAUUUUAUUGUUUAUUUGUUUGAUCGAUGACUAAGUAUUCUUGAUUCUUGACUUUUGAUUUUGCUUCUUGAUAUGAAACAUAAAUACCCGUGAAAAAUAUUAUUGAAAAGCUCAGAACCGCUGGCAAGACUUCUUACUGUCGAAUUUGACAAAGUUUUUUUUAAGAUGUUGACUUUAUUGUAAUGCCAACGAUUCCAUUUCCUUCUAGCAAAAUCCCCAAAAAAGAUACAUCGAUAUUAGAUUAUUAAUUCUAAACCAAUGAUAAUCAUUUGACAAUCAUUAUCUAAAAUUGUUGUUAUUCUUGAUAUUUAUCAUUUUGUACAGGACUUCACGUUUGGUCAUUUACAAUAAAUUUUUCAAUAACCUGUAACACUACUUACACCAAUCACGCCUACAUACGGUAUUUCAGGACUAUCAAAUUUUAUUUGUUAAAAAUAUUUGUAUACCCAUAUUUGGUCAUGGUGCGCCUAUAUUAUGGUCAUGAUGUGAAGUCUAGUCGUCAUGACCAUAUUUAGGCAUAUCACAUGAUUUUGUCAAACAAAAUAUGAUAGUCUGGACAGGACUUUAUACUGGUUGAACAAACUACUGAAAGUAACGCCUUGUGCUUUUACAGGUAUAUUCAAGACAAACGGCACAUUACAGACGUGACGAGUAAGCUUUCGAUUUGUGCGACGACGCGACGCUACAACGGAAUCACUCAUGCGUGACCGUCCUACCUGGCGUCCUACGUUCUCUGCAUACGUAGAUUUGGCCAAAUUGCGUUCCACAAUCUACUCGAUCGACGAGGUGACCUUAACUUUCUCGCAUGCGCAAAUGACUAAUAGUGACGUCAUUACGUCCUAGUCCUACCUUCGUCGUGCAAUCGAAAGCUCCCUAAUAACAAAUGCAUUAAUACGCGAGCUUUCGACCACAGAGUGGUCUUCAUCAUUUGAUUAUUAUUCAAU